CGUAAAGUGCUUAAGUAAUGAAAUUCUCAGUUAUCCUCUAAUUAAGCGCAUGUACUUAAGUUUUUUUCAGGUAACGUCCCACAUUUGAUGAGGAAAAACUAUAUAUACUACACUGUGUUGUAAUCUCUAUUUUGAGAAUGUCACGAUUUAACGGCGUCCUCACAGUGAACAUGGCACCAGAUCUAAAAAAAGCAAAUGCUGUGAUGAGACACUCCUCUUCAACACAUAGUAUUGUUAAUACCCUGAGGUCCUAACGGGCCCUUGUGUUGUUAAGGUCAUUGGGCGUAAUCAGCUAUACCUGUUCGUCACCACUGCUUCAGCUCAGGCAGGGGGGGAUUAAAGCUUGGAAGGAGACGUGAGAGAGGCUUUUGCUAUUCUUAAUCUGCAUAGCUCCGUCGUACCUGCCGGGAUGGACCUUGGUAAGGCAAAGCUUCUUAGGACAGGUCUCAACACUCUGCACCAAGCCAUCCACCCUGUGCAUGGGAUUGCGUGGACUGACGGCAAGCAGGUCUGCUUGACGCAUCUCUACUUCAUCAAUGGCGAGGUCAAGUUUGGGGACACCAAUGUCAUCGGGCAGUUUGAGCACGUCUUCGGCCUCUACUGGGGCCCCCUGUGCUGCUCCGACUCCCCUGCCUUGCUGGCUGUUCAGCACAAGAAGCAUGUUACCGUGUGGCAACUGCAGCUCAGCACGCUGGAGCAAAACAAGCUGCUCUGCACGCAGACCUGUGAGAUGAGCGAGCCCUUCCCUCUGCUUUCCCAAGGCUGCGUCUGGCACCCGAAGCUGGAUAUUCUGGUCGUGCUGACCAAGAGGGACACCUCUCUGCUGUUUUCUGUCAGAGUGGACAACAGGAGAAUCAAAGCGGACAUCAAAGGUAGUGGACUCAUUCAUUGUGCUUGCUGGACUAAAGAUGGCACACGCCUGGUGGUGGCUAUAGGCAGUGCUCUUCACUCUUUCAUCUGGAAUGACAUCCAGAAGAGUCUGGUGGCCUGCUCUUUCUGCCCUAUCUUUGAUGUGGGAGGCUACAUUUGUGCCAUCGAGGCCACGGGGGAUUCUCGGGUGGCUGUUGCGACGGAGCUGCCGCUGGACAAAUUAUGUGGGUUAAACGCUGGCAUGGCAUUUGACGUGGCAGCGGAGACGGAGUCCCUACAAGGCCAGGGCUCGCACGUGCUCAUGACAGACGAUGACAGCCAUCUGGACUCAAGGAGAAGAUCAUCUGAAUCAGAUAGGUCUUACAUCCCCAGCUCAGGCCCACUCGAUCUCACUCACCUCCUCGCAAGGCACAGACGCUCAGACCCCAGUCCCCUUAUCCACUUGCGGCGCAGAGACACUCUGACAGGCUCUGGCCAGGACUCCUCACAUCUCAUUCUGGUUACCUAUGAGAGAAAGGUCACAACCACCCGCAAAGUCAGCAUUCCAGGAAUUUUGGUCCCCGACAUUGUGGCGUUUGAUCCUCGCGGCUCUACCGUUGCGGUGGCUUCUAACACCUGUAACAUGGUUCUUGUGUACUGCAUCAUGCCCUCUGCAAUGCCGAACAUCCAGCAGAUCUCCCUGCAGCAGAACGAGAGGCCCAAAGGAGUGUGCUUCCUCGGUGACAAGAUGCUGUUGUUGAUGGUCGGCAGGCAGAAGUCCAACGACCCUGCUUUCCUCCCAUCUUCUAACACUGACAAAUAUGUUCUUCGUCUGUUAGCCAAAGAGCUGGUGUAUGACGGAGAGACUCUAAUCACACCAUCCCCCUCUUCUCACAACCAGGAGUCCACUUCUAAUUUCUGCGCAGGGAUUAGGAGGCACUCAGAGCACCUGUCAAAGGAUGACAGGGAGCGCCCAGGGAUAAAGGAGUUGGUGUUGCCAGGAAGGGGAGUAGUUUGCUCACCAGGGAACCGGCGCAGACUGGUGGAGGAGGUGAGGAGCAGUGAGCCCAGUCCCGUCACCAGCUCCGUGGACCUCUCUGACCGAGCAUCUGACAGAGCCCCGUCCAGUGCCUCUUCCAUCACCGUGGAGAAUUUUGACAUGGACCACGUCAGUCGCAUGUCCAGCCUAGCGGUGGCCAGCCAGGUGAGCAGAGAUUCCAGCCGGGCCAGUUCUCCUCGUUUCGAGCCGGUGGACAAGCUCCACACAGACUCGACGCUGCCCAUGCUUGAAAAGACAUCCGGACAGGCCAAGGAGCGCGGUCUGGAGCAGCUCGUUCAUAACAUGGAAAGACUCUUUACACGCUUUGCAGAUGUACAGCAGUGCCUGACAGAAAUUAGAGAUUACGCUCAGAAUGGCAAGAAGGCCCCGAGUGUCUACCCUAAUGCCUGUGAACCGCCUUAUGUCAAUGUCACAUGCCAGAAGCAGUUAUCAGAAAAUGUGUUCAUUGAUGAGCGGAGACCGGUGCUGCUGUGUGAUGGGAAGCUGUGUCUGCGGGCCCUGCAAGACCUCUUCAACCUAACCACUAUUGAGAUGAUGUAUGGACCAUUGUGGAUUGUUCUAGUGGCAGAUGCAGAUGGAUUCGUGCCUCUGACAUUUAAGCCCAAAGAAGAACUGACCGUGCGCAACGGGAAGCGGAAAUCUACCCUGCGGACUCCUGGGAGUCCAGAGAACUCUUGCCCAUCCAGUCCAUCCCCUAGCCAAAGCUCCAACACAACCACAGAAGCCUCCAUAUAAGUAACUCCUAACACACUCCUCUUAGUACGAACUCUAUACCCGUCUAUUAUCCAAACAUAUUUAACUGGAUUAACACAAUGCAGACAGAGCGCAUGUGGCAUCACCACAGAGAUGCAGUGAUGAGGCGAACCACGUCAUACGUCUCACUUAUUUUUGUAUUGGAAAUAGUGUUUGAAAGGGGCUGCCAAUUCUGAUGCAUUGUUUACACAAAUGCUGUUUUGACAUGAAAGCUUAUCUGAAUGAAACUGAAGCAGAGGUUUCUUUUCAUUUUGCUAAAAUGCAGUUAUUGAAUUUGAACUUUUUGUUAAAGCAGGAGAUGUUUCCCCGCUGAGUUUGUUAUAGAAGUGUUUAAAGCCUGUUCUCCAUUGUUCUGAUGUUAAAUAGAGGUGAAUGUAUGAUAACUGUUUCAUAUUUUACACUGGAGAAGCACUGCAGAAACAUAAUAAAAUAUCCAGUUUAGCAUAUAUGUGCUCAAUAGUUCACUUCAUGUUUUAAUUUAACUUUGUCUUCCAUCCUUCUGAAAGAUCUGUUAUGUUCAUGAGAACGUGGUAUUACUGAGUUCAGUAACACAACUGACCACAAGAGGGUACAAUAUUCUACAGAAACUCCUCUCUCAUGGUCAUAAUGUUGUGUGUUUUGGACAAACAAAAAUCUUUGGGUUGCCAUCUGGACAUUAAACUAGCGUUUAAUAA